GGGAGCCAAUAUGGCGGCCGAGCGCAAGACGAAAUUGUCCAAGAACCUGCUGCGCAUGAAGUUCAUGCAAAGGGGCCUGGACUUGGAGACCAAGAAACAACUAGAAGAGGAAGAAAAGAAAAUCAUUAGCGAAGAGCAUUGGUAUUUGGAUUUGCCAGAGCUUAAAGAAAAAGAGUGUUUCAUAAUAGAAGAGCAGAGUUUCUUGUUAUGUGAAGAUCUUCUCUAUGGAAGAAUGUCAUUCAGAGGAUUUAAUCCUGAGGUUGAGAAAUUAAUGCUCCAGAUGAACGCUAAGAACAAGGUGGAAGAAGUUGAAGAUGAAGCAGUGGAGCUCGAUGUGUCAGAUGAAGAAAUGGCCAGAAGAUAUGAGACCUUGGUGGGGACAAUUGGAAAAAAGUUUGCCAAAAAAAGAGACCGUGCCAGUUAUGAAGAAGAUGAAAAUGGACACAUAAAACCAACAGUUAAAGUAAAGAAGAUGUUUCUAAAGCCCCAGGAUUAAAGUAGAUGCUUUGAGACAGAGCUCAGGGAAGCUUCGUGAGAGUUAGCAUGUUUUGGAACUCAUUCUGAUGGCUUCUCUACAAUUAUUAAUACUAUAAUGUUUAUUUGUAAAGAAGUAGACAAUUUUGGAAAGAUGCCAUUUUUGAAACACAGGUGGUGGAUGUUAUACAUCCUUUGCUUAAUGGUGUUCCUCAGGAUGGGAUUUUUAGCCCUCGAUCUUCAAAUAUACAGAGGUAGGUGGUUGCUUCCUAAUUAAAGAUCUUUUUGACCACAGGUUUUUUUUUAAUAGAGCUUUCUAGUCACUGACCUUGAAUUGACAUACAUAAAUUAAACCAGUGUUUAAGUUGC